AUGGAAUCCGACCCAGCCCUCAGCGACAUGGCGGAUGGACCGAUCAGCUCGCAGCCCAUGUCCGACCAGCUGGGCUCGCACUCAACCCCCUCGACGCGCGACUCCGUCUCCUCCUUCACCAGCACCCCCGCCCGUUCCUUAAGCGGCCCCAAGAAAACCGUCACCCCGAUUACUGCGAACCUCCUGCCCUCAGCGCCCGCUUCUCCCCCAACCCCUGCGCCCAGCCCGACACCCCACCAGCGGCCGCCGAACUGGCACUCUAGCGAUGAGGAGGAGAAUACUUUCCUGUUGAAUCUCCGCAUCCACUUCAGUACCUUGUCCAACGCCCGCAAGCAGAAACUCCUCGAAGGUAUCUUGGAUGUCCUAUCCUUUAUCGACGAUCCUAAGACACUCGCCCGAGCAUCGCAGGUAUCCCGACGCUGGCGCGAACUUCUCAAUGACGACAUUACCUGGAAGAACCUCUGCGAGAAACAUGCAUACUCGGUGCGCCGCUUCUCGGAAGAGGAUGACCUGGAUUCGUUCACCGCCCGUUCGGUCGAGUCCAACUCCGGCUCGCGUGCCAUGGCCAGCCUUCGACGAUUAACAGCAUCCAACAGCCAGUCUGUGGUCGAGGGUUCCCCCGAGCUCACCCGCACGCUGUCGGGCGAGUGGCUACCACCGACCACCUUCUCAUCGCGACGGCGCCGAACCCGGCCAGUAUCCUACCGGUCCCAGUUCAAGCAAAAGUAUAUGGUCGAAUCGGCAUGGAACAAAGGCGGCAGGUGCACUCAGCGCCAUAUUACCCCUGACCAGGGCGUGGUGACGAGCCUGCACUUGACCUCGAAAUAUAUCGUCGUCGCCCUAGAUAAUGCCAAGAUCCAUGUCUAUGAUACCAACGGCGACAACCAGAAAACCCUCCAGGGGCACGUGAUGGGCGUCUGGGCCAUGGUUCCUUGGGACGACAUUCUGGUGAGCGGAGGAUGCGAUCGGGAGGUGCGGGUGUGGAACAUGGCGACUGGGGCGGGAAUCCACUUGCUGCGUGGUCACACGUCAACCGUUCGAUGUCUCAAGAUGUCCGAUCGAAAUACGGCUAUUUCGGGGUCGAGAGAUACGACCCUGCGUAUCUGGGAUCUGGCCACAGGAACGUGUCGCAAUGUCCUGGUCGGGCACCAGGCUAGCGUGCGCUGCCUUGCCAUUCACGGCGAUCUCGUGGUGUCGGGUAGCUACGACACGACCGCGCGGAUAUGGAGCAUAUCUCAAGGUCGUUGUUUACGGACGCUGUCCGGCCACUUCAGCCAGAUCUACGCGAUCGCCUUCGAUGGGCGGCGCAUCGCAACGGGAAGCCUAGAUACAAGCGUCCGGAUCUGGGACCCGCAUUCCGGACAGUGCCACGCUAUCCUGCAAGGCCAUACGUCCCUGGUUGGGCAGCUCCAAAUGCGUGGUGAUACUUUGGUCACCGGCGGCUCGGAUGGCUCUGUCCGCGUCUGGUCGUUGACUAAGAUGGCGCCUAUACACCGGCUGGCGGCUCAUGAUAAUAGCGUUACUAGUCUUCAGUUCGAUAAUACCAGGAUUGUGAGUGGCGGCAGCGAUGGCCGGGUCAAAGUGUGGAACUUGCAGACCGGCCAGCUACUGCGGGAACUGUCUAGUCCGGCGGAGGCGGUAUGGAGGGUUGCUUUCGAGGAGGAAAAGGCUGUUAUUAUGGCGAGUCGAUCUGGCCGAACGGUCAUGGAGGUCUGGUCCUUCUCCCCGCCACCAGAAGACUCCGAGGACGCCAUUGUCAUCGAAAGUGCCUCCAGUACACCGGGCCUCAGCUCUACAGGCGACAGCGAUUUCGCCGUCAACCCUCGCCGUCGUACGCUCUUCUCCGAUCCCCCACCAUCAAUACCCUCCGUCGGCGACGGCGACCAACUCAUGCCCGACGCGCCGUCUUAA